AUGGCGAGGCACACAGUCUUCAAAACUAAUCCCUGUGAGGCGUUGGGUCAAAUUUUCAGCGCGUUAUCCUACAUUGGUGAUAUAAGUACGGACAUAGUCGUCGCGUACUUUUACUUUACAAAUGACCACUUUUACUGGGGAAUUAUCACUCUGCUCCUCGUCUUGGUGCCUGGAUGGAUCGUAGCCUUCUUCUCGCUUUACUGGCUUGUAGAAGACCAGAGAAAACCCUCCCCAAUGGUUAUUUUUCUCCACAUCAUCUGCUGCGGUCCCCUGUGGCGCUACUGGCAAGCUUUCAAUGCGCUUCGUUAUCAAAGACCUACCUUUACGGGGACAUUCUCUGAAGCACUUUCGGAUGUUUCUAUGUUGAGAUUGAUCGAGGGAAUCUUAGAGUCUGCUCCUCAGCUGAUGCUUCAAAUGUAUAUUAUUAUUUCGAAAACAGGUGAUGAUGAAGACAAGACCUUGGUGGCGGCUCUUGUCUCCGCAACAUUUUCCAUGGUCUCAAUUUCCUGGGGAAUGGCUUCUUACGCUCGUGCUCUCCGAAAAGCAGCUCCAGAAACAACCGGGCAAAUGACCAAGAAGGGCGUUUUCUUCUAUUUUCUUUGGCGUUUCUUCGAAUUUACCUCUCGAAUUUUGACUCUUGUGCUCUUCGCUUACGCUUAUAAGCUCUUCGUCUUGGUGCCGAUUUUCACCCAUUGGCUCUUUAUGAUCAUUUGGCAAAUUUAUCUUGGUGCGAACUUUCAUGACACUCAGAAUUCCUGCGUUGAAGGCUUUUUUCAAAUGGUGAUGGCGUUUCUUCAAGUAUUUCUUUUCUUCCAUCUUUGCGAAGGCCCCAGUCGCGAAAAUAUGUGCAAGUAUUACAUUCUCGUUUUACUCGAGAAUGCAGUAAUGCUAUGUCUGUGGUAUCCGAAAGCAGGCCAACUCAGCCAAACGCAUGGCAAGAAUUUCAACGAACUUCUGAUCACGAUAAUCGUGGCUUCCUUCAUUCUAGCGCUGCUAUUUUGCGUCUUCUACUAUGUCGUUUGGCAUCCAAAGGCGAAGAUCAAAAAGAUGGCUUCAAAAUCGAAGCUGAAAGAAAAGGGAAAACGGAGGAAAGAGGAGAGUGUUUCAAUGAUCGAAAUAGAUGGACGCAGUCGACAACUAACAAGUGAGACAGAAUACCCGACUCUUCGUCGCAAGAUGCAGACUAAAUUCGGUCUCCAAACGCUCGAAAGAAAUCCUCAUUUACAAAACCCAAUGAAUCCUGUUCCACUAAAGAAGAGCAAGAAAACUGUGCCUAACCUAUCCAUCGUCCGUGAAUCAGAGAAUCGUUCUUCAAUCGUCAGCAGCGCCGCUUCAUCAAAAUCGUCAACGAAUUGGAAUCGGCCGUCUAAACAAUCGCUCAAAUCGUACAACAGCAAAUCGAAAACGAAAUACAACACAAUGACGCGUGAUUAA